UUGCCAUUUCAGUUUCACUCCGGCUCGGCCUGAAAUCGCCUGUGUCCACGUUGAUCCGUCCAGCUCGUCUCGCGGCGGUCCGUUCUCGGCGCCUCCUACGAGUUUCUUCGUAUCGUUCACGUUAUCCGCGACACGCGUUUUCCGCGUGCGUACUGUCAAUUAUUAUUAUUAGAACUCGCAUCCUAUCAGCGGGGGCGGCUUCCCACAGGAGAAAGGAAUUGUUUGUUUUUUUCCGCGCACCCCGCCGUCUGGGGAAAGGAACCUGCCCCGGGAUCAACAUUAACGCAAAGAAAGCGGGAUGGGAUACGGCGAGAUGGACGGCUGCGGCCGCUGUAUGAAGUAUUCCUUGUUCUUCACAAAUUUCAUCAUCUUUAUCGGCGGGCUUAUCGUGACGGGCUUAGGCAUAUGGGCCUUGGUGGACAAGAUACCGUGGAUAGGCGAACUUGUGGGAAAUGAUCUAUUGACUGGAUCGGUUUACGUCCUGCUUGUCGGCGGGAUCGUCGUGGCGAUAAUCGCCUUCUUCGGUUGCGUCGGUGCAGCGCGGGAAAUCAAGUGUAUGCUCUUGACGUACUUCAUAAUCUUAUUUUUGCUGUUCGUGACGAUGCUGAUCGGCGGCGUCCUCGGUUACGUUUUCCGCGAGAAAUUACUCAGCACGGUCGACAGGGAGAUGAAGAGCACGCUCCGGCUCUACGAUCAUCGUCAAUCCAUCCGGGACGCCUGGGACACCACGCAAUCGACACUCCACUGUUGCGGCGUGAACAGCUGGAGGGAUUGGGCAACCUAUGGACUUAACGUGCCGCGGAGUUGCUGUCGAGAAAUUCAGCCUGGCCAGCGAUUCCAUUGCAACGUCGGCUUGGACACGAUAAAUCCCUCCAACGCUUACGUGGAUGGUUGCAUCAACGGGACGCAAAUUUAUAUGCAGCAGCACGCGGCCGUUAUGGGUGGCGCCGGUAUUGCAAUCGCAUGCCUCAUGUUUCUUGGCAUGAUAUUCUCCUGCGCACUCUUCAAAAUGAUUGAAUGACGCAAAGACAAUUUCACGGUAUGAGUCUAUUCCCGUAUUCACAAGGAACGACGGGGAGGUGGGACGAGUCUUCGAGAUCCUCAGGGGAUUCACGCUAGGACUUCAAUAUCUUUUCGGACCUGAUACUAUUCGAAUGCCCGAUUAUUUGGAUAGUAAAUAAGUGUGACACUUAAAAUACGGGUUAUCCGGGGAUUCGGAUUGUCCAAGAUAUAUGAACAAUUGAAGCAUCGAAUCAGCAUCCGGAUUUAAGUUCGCAGGAGAACACGCCGAACACGUUUGCAGCAAUCUAGAUCUUUCUCCCUGUUUAUUUGUCAGUCAACAAUUCGAUAUUCUGUAAUUGCGAUUUGACGAUUUAGUCUGAGACGAUAGUAUCGAUUAAUGUAUCUGGAUAAAAAUCAUUUCAGAUAGUAUCGAUUUAUCUGGAUAACAAUUAUUUCAGAUAGUUUUGUUACUAAAUUAAUCAAUUUUUUUAUUCAUUUAUUUUGUACUUUCUUUUCGGAUUGGAUCUCGAAUAUCCGGAUAGUCAAAUGUCCGAAUACUUGCGAGCUCUAAAGCUAGAAACACACGAUGCACGUGCUAAUCGGCACCUCAGUUCACCGCAUAGAUCUUCCAACGAUAGUAACUCAUGCAGUGAACUGAAAGUCGUAUCGAUAGUUCUUAGUUGAAACCUUGCCUCUGGCAAGAUACUCAGAUAUUAAUUUAGAGUCAGAUGCAAAUCUUUCAGCUGAAUCACCGAUUGCAAAUGCAAUGUGUGGUUCGAGUAGAAAAUUCAGAUCUAACACUAAAUUCAUAUCUGAGUAUCUCACGCGGGACAAGUUUCUAGUAACGACUAUUAAUAUGGAUCUGAACUGCUGAUCAUGCAUGUAAGAUGUGAAACCGUGCAUCGUGCGAUUCUUUCUAGCUUAAUUCACACAAUUUUAUCGUCGACGUAGUUGCUCGUUGCUAAGCGCACUUGAUUAUAUCGUGAUAAUCAAAAGAACGAAUCUCUAAUUGUACAGUUAUCACGCUAUUUUGUUACCUACAUAUAUUAUCUCGUAAGAGACAUACGGCAAGGAACAGCCGUUACUUCAUAUUUUGGAACAUAAAUUCUAUAGAUAUUUAAGACGUCUUCGCUUAGUCGCAUGUGUCAUUAGUGUGACCACGCAUCGUGUACCUUGUAUGUGCCGUAAUAAAUGCGAUACGCAUUAUGUAUUCUCUA